UUCUCUUCCCUCGAUUUCUCGUCUUUCCGUUUCGUUUCCUUUUCUGCGUUAUGGAGUCUGGCCUCAUCGCUGGAUUCCUCCUUCGAUCCUCAACACCGUCGUCAAAACAUGAGGCGUUUCUUCUAGUCUUCCUUUAAACAGCGAGCGCCUGCUUUUGUUUCUCAUUUCGGAAAAAAACGAAGAAGAAGGAUACGAGCGUAGAGCAAUGUCUCGCCAACCAGUUAUUUCCCCUUUCCCCAAAUCCAAAACUCUGGACAACAAAUACAUGCUUGGUGAUGAAAUUGGGAAAGGUGCAUAUGGGCGUGUUUAUAAAGGCUUGGAUUUGGAGAAUGGGGACUUUGUUGCAAUUAAACAAGUUUCUUUGGAGAAUAUUGUUCAGGAGGACCUCAAUGUCAUAAUGCAAGAGAUCGAUUUAUUGAAGAAUUUGAACCAUAAGAACAUUGUGAAGUAUCUUGGGUCAUCAAAGACAAAGACUCACCUGCAUAUAAUUCUUGAGUAUGUGGAAAAUGGUUCACUUGCAAACAUUAUCAAGCCAAAUAAAUUUGGGCCGUUUCCAGAAUCUUUGGUGGCCGUUUAUAUUGCUCAGGUUUUGGAAGGUUUGGUUUAUCUACAUGAACAAGGUGUUAUCCAUCGGGAUAUUAAAGGUGCUAAUAUUCUGACGACUAAAGAGGGUCUGGUGAAACUUGCAGAUUUUGGUGUUGCAACGAAACUAAAUGAGGCUGAUGUUAACACACACUCAGUUGUUGGAACACCAUAUUGGAUGGCCCCAGAGGUGAUUGAAAUGUCAGGGGUUUGUGCGGCUUCUGACAUUUGGAGUGUUGGCUGUACUGUGAUUGAACUCCUUACAUGUGUGCCUCCAUACUAUGAUCUCCAACCUAUGCCAGCUCUCUUUCGGAUUGUGCAGGAUGAGCAUCCCCCAAUACCUGAUAGCCUAUCUCCAGACAUCACUGAUUUUCUGCGCCAGUGCUUUAAGAAGGAUGCCAGACAGAGGCCUGAUGCAAAAACGCUUCUUUCUCACCCUUGGAUACGGAAUUGCAGACGUGCUUUGCAGUCUUCUUUGCGUCGUGGAACCAUUAGGAGAAACAUCACGGAAGAUGUUGCAGCAGAUGUAGAAACCUCUAAUGCAGAUAAUAAGAGUACCGAAGAGAAUCUUCCUGCGGAGAAAGUAGAGGCAUCUGAAUUAAGCUCUCGGAAAGAGGUAUCGUCAACGAAGGCUACAGAUCGAAGCAAGUAUGAUCAUGAUCAUUCUGCAGAUAAUACUCCGAGUGAAGGAAGGAUGAAUAAUUUAGAUGAUGAUCUACAAUCAGAUCAGGUUCUAACCUUAGCCAUUCAUGAGAAACCAUCAUUACAGAGUAGUCCUGGUGGACUCUCUUUUAAGAAUGUAGUGGCUGCCCUCAGUUCUGGUCAGAAUAAUGAGAUAUCACAUCAAGAUGAAGCGAUGAUGAAUGGUAAUGUUGGCUCACCAUCAAGAGGGAAACAUAUGGAAAAAGGACAGAGAGGCAACAGGGAUCAAAUUGAUAAUGAGAAUAAGUCAUUGGUUUUUGUACCUAUAACUCAGAAUGCUGGUCUUCAAAAGGCUGUAAAACCUUCAGUGACCUCAACUGGGAAUGAGCUAAUUAGAUUUAGUGAUCCUCCUGGAGAUGCUUCCUUGGAUGAUUUAUUUCAUCCAUUGGAUAAAAACGUGGAGAGAAGAUCAACUGAAGCUUCAACGUCUUCAUCUGCAUCAAAUGUGAACCAAGGUAUUGUGCCUGAUACUGGAAAAAAUGACCUGGCUAAGAAGUUAAGAGAUACAAUUGCUAAGAAACAAAUGGAAGAGGAAAUGGGUCAGUCAAAUGGUGGUGGUAACCUGCUUCGCUUAAUGAUGGGUGUUUUGAAGGAUGAUGUAAUUGAUAUUGAUGGUUUGGAUUUUGAUGAUAAAUUACCCGCUGAGAACCUAUUUCCCUUACAGGCAGUUGAGUUCAGCAGAUUAGUUGGCUCACUAAGACCAGAGGAAUCAGAGGAUGCAAUUGUUACUGCAUGUCAGAAGCUCAUAGCGAUCUUCCGACAGCGCCCUGAACAAAAAGUUGUUUUUUUCAGCCAGCGUGGUUUACUGCCUCUAAUGGAAUUGCUUGAUGUCCCAAAAACUCGUGUUACAUGUUCAGUGCUUCAACUUAUUAAUCAUAUUGUGAAAGAAAACACUGAUUUCCAGGAGAAUGCUUGUCUUGUUGGUUUUAUCCCUUUGGUUAUGAGUUUUGCGGGUCCUGAUCGUCCUCGGGAAAUUAGGAUGGAGGCAGCUUAUUUCUUUCAGGAGCUUUGUCGGUCAAGCUCAUUGACUUUGCAGAUGUUUGUAGCUUGCCGAGGAAUCCCGGUUUUGGUUGGCUUCUUAGAGGCUGAUUAUGCAAAGUACAGGGAAAUGGUUCACCUAGCAAUUGAUGGCAUGUGGCAGGUCUUCAAGCUUCAGCGAUCAACCCCGAGGAAUGAUUUCUGCCAGAUAGCUGCUAAGAAUGGGAUAUUACUGAGGCUUAUUAAUACUCUUUACAGUUUAAAUGAGGCAGCUCGACUUGUAGAUGGUUCAGUUCAACGACAACAUUCUGGUCGAUUAGAUUCCGGUUAUCCUCUGUUUGCCCAGAAUGAGAUUCCAGUCUCGGUAACUGAUCAAUCUGAUAUCCAUAAAGUGAGGCAUGGAAUGACAGAGCAUUUCUUUCCAGCUGGAGCAAUAGAACUUUCACGGGCUUCAACUUCCCAUUCUCAGAGGUCAGAUACUAAUCUGCCAGAUCCACGUUAUCUUGCUGUUGAUGGCGACAGACCUCGAUCUAGCAAUGGGACAUUAGAUGUUUCAGUUUCCGGAGAAUCUUCAGCUUCCAAAGAGCAAGAUAAUUUGGAUAGAUGGAAACUUGAUCCUGAUAGAGCAGAGGACCUCAGACGGCAGAAGGUAAGUAACUCUGUGAACAGGACAUCUUUGGACAGACCUUCAAAUGGAUAUCCAACUUCAGUAACUACCCCGGUAGAGCAAGUUCGACCUCUUCUUAGCUUAUUAGACAAGGAGCCUCCUAAACAGCAAUUGGAGUAUGUGUGCCACCUGCCGGGGUUGGAGAAACACGAAAGCAUACUGCCUCUGCUACAUGCUAAUGACAGAAAAGUCAACGGUGAAUUGGAUUUCUUGAUGGCUGAAUUUGCAGAGGUCUCCGGCCGUGGAAAAGAAACUGGAAUUGUUGAUUCUACCCCUAGAUUUUCACAUAGAACAUCGAGUAAGAAAUUUGGGCAAGUAGCUGUUAGUGAAGGAACAGCGUUGACAUCCGGUAUAACUUCUCAAACUGCGUCAGGUGUAUUAUCUGGCUCAGGUGUUUUAAGUGCUAGAGCUGGAAGUGCAACAUCAUCAGGGUUGCUUUCCAACAUGGUAUCGACAAUGAAUGCAGAUGUUGCCAAGGAGUACCUUGAAAAGGUGGCAGACCUACUUCUUGAGUUUGCUCAAGCUGAUACAACCGUUAAAUCCUACAUGUGUAGCCAAAGCUUGCUUAACCGUCUUUUCCAGAUGUUUAAUCGCAUAGAGCCACCUAUUCUUUUAAAGAUGCUGAAGUGUAUUAAUCAUUUGUCCACGGAUCCAAACUGCUUGGAGAAUCUUCAGCGAGCAGAUGCAAUUAAGUAUUUGAUCCCAAAUCUAGAACUCGAAUGUGGACCAUUUGUAUCUCAAAUGCAUCAUGAGGUCCUCAAUGCACUGUUCAACUUGUGCAAGAUAAAUAAGAGGAGACAGGAGCAAGCAGCAGAAAACGGAAUCAUUCCACAUUUGAUGAAAUUCAUAAUGUCAGAUUCUCCCUUAAAACAACAUGCACUGCCGCUACUGUGUGACAUGGCUCAUGCAUCACGUAAUUCAAGGGAACAGUUGAGGGCGCAUGGUGGAUUGGAUGUGUACUUGAGCUUGCUUGAUGACGAGAUUUGGUCUGUGACGGCGCUAGACUCGCUUGCUGUUUGCUUGGCUCACGACAAUGACAACCGGAAGGUGGAACAAGCCUUGCUGAAGAAGGAAGCAAUCCAGAAGUUGGUGAAGUUUUUCCAGUGUUGUCCGGAGCGACACUUUGUCCACAUAUUGGACCCGUUCUUGAAAAUUAUCACGAAAUCGUCCCGUAUAAACACAACGUUAGCUGUAAACGGUUUGACACCUCUUCUAGUCUCAAAGUUGGAUCACCAGGACGCUAUUGCUCGCCUUAAUCUACUUAAACUAAUUAAGUCGGUUUACGAGCACCAUCCACGACCAAAACAAUUGAUCGUUGAGAACGAUUUACCACAGAAGUUACAGAAUCUAAUCGAGGAACGGAGAGACGGGCAGCGUUCCGGAGGCCAAGUGUUAGUGAAACAAAUGGCGACUUCAUUGCUCAAAGCCCUUCAUAUUAACACCGUCUUGUAAAAAAAACCUAACUGAUUCCUCCCUCCUGUGUAUACGUUUUAUUCUUUUAGGUAGGCAAUGGCUUGGUUUACACA